UUGCCGCAACGGCGCAGAAAAAUCGAAAGAAGGAAAGUAAGGGGUGAUGAAAAAACGAAAGUAAACUCAUAUGUACAGGGGCUGUUUAUAUGAGCCCGGUUGGCCGUCUGGCCCGUUUACCAAGAUCUCACGUGAUGGUGGACACAAGCAUAGAAGCGAUAAUAGGGUUAAAAUAAACGUUAUGUAUCAGCAGAUUCUGUAAGAUAAUUAUUUUCAUGGAAGAUCAUGAAAAAGGGGUCAAUAUCAAAUUUGAACUCCCUGUUCAAAUUUUAGGACGUAUUAUUACACAAGAGCCGCAAUCUUGAAUUUUCUGAAUCACUGCAUUGACGAAAAAAAUGCACUUAUUAAUAUCAGGUAAAUAAACUGGUGCAUAUUUUAUAUGCAGAAUAUUUUUACUUGUAGAAAGAGUUCAAAUAUAAAUAUGGAAGAAGUAACAGACUUCUAUAAAACUUAUAUUAAAGAAAAUUAUCCAACUAUAGAACAUUUUAAAGAAAUAAAUGUGGGUAUUAUUACACAAGAUAUGAUGGAAUAUAUAACCAAAUAUGCACUCAUAAAUAGAAAGUCAAUUCAGACUUCAAAUUGGCAGGAGAUUAUGACAGAAAAAGAGCAUCAGGUAUUUCUAAAAUACAACCAACAGAAGAUUCAACAAAAGAUUGAGGAUCUUCAUAUACCCACCCUUUAUGGGUACUUUAUUGAAGAGCCUCUUCAUGAAUUUACCCUCCUCAAAGAACUUAAAGAGACUUUAAGUCGCGACCUUUCCUACCUUUGUACUGAAAGUCUUAGUUUACUUCUUGAUCCUAAAGGUGUACUGUAUGGAAGAAUAAAACCACAUGGAUUUACACUCCUUCACAAAGUUAUACAAGGGCAUGAAGAAAGGUUUCAUCAUAAAGUAAGCAUUGGUUGUAGCUGCUCACUUGUAAAAUUCUUAAUUGAUAAUGGGGCUGAUAUUAACGCAAAAGAUUACAGUGGUAUAACUCCUUUUGAUGCAGCAGCAGAAAACUUGUUGUUAUCUUCUUUAGAAGUCAUGCUUAAGACUGGAAAAAUAGACCGUGAACAAAUCAAUUCAGCUUUGUUUUCUAUUACAAGUAAAGUAUCCGAUAUUAGUGCUGAAAAGUUUGAAAAAUGUUUAAAGUUGUUACAUGCGUAUGGUGGCAAGUUAGAUAGUCUCGAUCUGUAUGAUAACUCGCUCUUGAAUCACUAUCUUUUUUUAAACAAGUGUGAAAAACGUGCCAUACGUAUAACAAAAAUACUGGUUCAAAACUCUCCAAACUGGUUUCGAAAGAACAAAUUUGGUCUUUCACCCUUGCAUAGUUGUUGUGCUGUAUUUCUGCAUAGUGAUAUCUCUGAUAUCUUAAACUACCUUUGUAGUCUUAAGUCUAUAAAUGUAGACGAACGAGACAAUUAUUCAAGAUCUCCUUUGAUUUAUGCAGUGAUGCGAGGAUUCAAGAAAUGUUGUAAUACACUUUUAUCGCACGGGGCAGACAUAAACUUAAAAGAUAAACAUGGUUUAACUAGCCUGCAUUAUGCGUCAAUGCUGAAUGAUGCCAAUGUUUUUGAAUUACUUCUAAGCAACGACAAGGCAGAUGUACAUGCUGAAGAUCGUUUUGGUGAUAUCCCGCUUGUUUAUGCUGCUGCAACAGGCCAAUCAAGUAUUAUUGAUAUGCUUUAUCGACUUCAUAAUGUUAAUAAUGUUUUACAUGACAGGUUACUGUCAGUAGCCGAGAUUAACGAUCAUUCCAAUUGUGUUAUCGAUUUGACGCAGAUUAUAGAGCAGAAAGCUAAAACAGGAGAAAAAAACCCCCAAAAGUUUGAGUUGGGAAAAAAGAGAUAUCACAAUUGGUUAAAAGAAAAAAGAAAAGCUACUGCGGAGGAAGAGCAAAUUGAAGGAAAAGUAUUACCCUUAAGAAAGUUGUACGACCUAGAAAAACUGCGUAAAACGGAGAAUGAUGAAGUGAAAUCUGAGGUAACAGUAUUAUUAACUAGAAUUGCCGACAUUGUGAGCACGAAAGAUGAAAAACUUAGUUUUGUUCCACUUCUUUCUGGAAGUAAUGCAGAGGGUACGAAAGUUGGAAUAGUUGAUGAAAUUGACUUUUUGUGUAAUAUGGUGUUUUUGUCCUCCCGUUUACAUAUUACGUUAUUAGAAAGCGAUAUCUUACCUGGAUAUGUCAACUUAAGGAUUGACAAUCCGCAGGAAGCUUACAGUAUGUGUGUAUUACAAGAAAUAAAGCAAAAUUUCUUUCUAUCUGCCAAUUACGUUGGCUCUCAGCUCUUUGAUGCAUUUUCUGCAGCCAUAUCAGAUGUUGAAGUUUUUAGUGAUCUUCAUUUGACUUGGAAUAAUGAUUUUUCUUCAAGUGAAUUGAUAUCCACAAUCCAACUUAUAUGGAAUGGAAGGAAUUAUAAAAAUCUGAAAAUUUUAAUUGAUCUUGUUCCAACAAUACCUAUAACGGAUCACGUGAGAUUGUCUUCUACUUUCCAAACAAUUAACAAGCACCUAGAUAUAGACGAUGUUUUGCAACAAGUAGCAGUAGUAGCUAAACGAUCUACUGAUGGUUUUAAUGAGAGAGCGGACGUCCUGUGGAGAUACUCGUUUUCUAACUUAGAGACCAAAAUAUUACUAAUGUUACCAGAGAAUGCCCGAGCUGGUUACAAACUUGUUAAGUUCAUUCGUGAAAAAAGAAUUUGUCCCUUAAUUGCAAUGCCGAAGUAUUACAUUUCCAGCUACUUACUAAAAACAUGUCUGUUACAUGAAGUGGUUAACGAAAUAAAAAUAGGAGGUGUAACUUCCUUGGAAAAAUUUGAUGAUAAAUCUUGGGGUUCAAAAAUUCUAAGCAGAUUGCAAUUCUUCAUGGAAACAAGAGGCAAUGUGCCUCAUUUCUUUCAUGAAGACGUCAACUUGAAAACUUCUGACAAAGAAGCUGUAUUGGCUUAUUGUGAAAUUGGAAAGGGGUGGUUAAAACAUCCAUGGAAUUAUUGUUUUUAGUAUAUCAGGAUUAUACUACUCCAAAAAACACUAAAAUGUAUUAAAACUUAUUAUAUUCACGUAUUUUCUGAUUCUAGUUUUACCGUAGUGUUAAAACUUAGUUUUUACCUUGCGUUUUAAGAUUUUUAUGGAUGUUUGCAACGUUUUUAGUCGUAAAUCAAGAAGUAUCGCGAAGCAAAGAAUUCGAAAAGUGGUGGGGAUGAACUUGCUUAAUUACAUGAGGUUUUCUAAAUGAACGUUUAAAAAAAGGCUCGAGUAUAGUAUACUUGUGAUAUUUACUAUAAAUUAUAUCUUAUGCAUAAAUUAUUUGAGGUUUUUGCGGAUAAGUACUCCUCAAAAUGCUUCAUUAUGCAGAAUAGAGUAACUUUAAUAAAGGAGAAAUUGUUGCGGAUAUAAACGAUUUUAAAUUUUUGCGGAACCUUUUUACGGACUUGGGCGAGAAAUCCACAAAAAAAUAUUCUGCAAAUAAUUUGUAUCCGUCGGGUAUUUUUAAAAUCUUUUUUAUUUUUUGAUGAAUUAAUUCUUAACAUUAUAUCAUGCUUACAUGCUUAAAUUGUUUAUAGAAAAAUAUUUAUUGUAUGGAUAAACCUAAUAAAAUUAGGCCAACACUUCAUGUGCUUUAUGGUCUGUCUCUCUUAAUGCAGUAAGGUUGUUAUUGCUAUCAACUAGUGUCUCGUUAGGCAUGCUUUACCAGCGUUGCUGAAGGUGAUUUUGAAACUGACAUUACAGUAUUUUUUAAGGAUAUUUUUCAGUGUUCGGUUACAUCAGCUUAUACAUUCAUACCUUCUCCUUUCUGACGUUUGGAUAUUACAUAAGGAACGAAAAUUGGAUUUUUUUUGUCCGGAAAUUUUGCCGUCGGGAAUUUGUGCAAAAAUUUUGGUUUUUCUAAUUUUAUAACCUAUACACGCUAAUUGGGUUAUUGGACUACACGACCACUUACAGAAUAAUCCAGCUGGUUUUGACGAAGCUGGCAUCUCAAUACCUUUUCAUAUGGUUGUUUAAAUUGAAUCAAACUUGGCACACUUAUAGUACAUCAUAAAAGGAACAUAAUGGCGGUAAUAAAUUUUUGCUUGCGUCAGCAAAUUUCCUGUGACGUUAUCAGAAGCUUAAAAUUUGUUAAAAAUGCCACUAUCUGCUUAAAAUUUAAUUAUUUUUGUCCUAGAGCCGAUUUUUAUAACUUCUGUUUGAAGUUUCUGAAAGCUAAAUAAAAGUAAUUUAACAUAUCUUCCGGUUUUUACAUGGAUCGAAUAAAAAAUUGCCCGAAAAUCCGGUUUUUUCCGAUUUUCGGGUAAAACCUGACAAAAUCGUGAAAUCGGAUUAGUCACGUGUCCAAAUUAUGCAAAGCGAUUCUUGUUCAUAAAACAAAGUAGUGUUCCGUGUUUCAAGUUCUAAGGAUAAUCCCAAGAGGAGUUAUUCUAUUUUUCCCAUUAUAAGGAUUUCAUAGAGAUUUUUAGGGGUAGUUUCGAGUAAUGGCCAAUAUCAAAGUCUCUGAAGUGGAUGGGACCUAAAAAUCUAGAAUGCAGGUGUCUAAUAGAUAAAUAUUGAAAAUCAGUAAGUAUCAUAGCCAUAUAACACAGCAAUAAAGAGUUAUUAAAAAAAACGCUCAGGGGGGAUUCCGCCCCCCACGGUCCGAAUAGGGUUAAUUGCUAAAAGCGAUUAUUUUUAUUUGCGGCUUAUAACAUGCGAAACACACUUGUUAUUACCUUUUAUUAUUCCCCUAUUGCAUUCGCUUUGAUGUAAAAUUAUUUGC